GUGAGUGACAUGAGCCCAGAGUGGGGUGGAGGGAAAUGUGGAUGUAUUGCAUUUUGAGGUCUGGGUUGCUGUUUGUCACUCUGUCUCUUGCCAUUGCCAAGCACAAGCAAUAUUCCUUCGCCGCAAGUUGCUACCCAAGGGGAACACUGUCCCAAGCUGUUGAUACGCUCUAUGUCAAGGCAGCAAGGCUCAAAGCAACAAUUCCAGAAGAUCGCAUAAAAAAAGUACAGUUAUUAAAAAAGAAAACAAAAAAGCUAUUUAUGAAAAACUGCAGACUCCAAGAACAACUACUGUCCUUUUUCAUGGAAGAUGUUUUUGGUAAACUCCAAUUACAAGUUUGCAAGGAAAUACACUUUGUGGAAGACUUUCACAGCCUUAGGCAGAAAUUGAGCCACUGUAUUUCCUGUGCUUCAUCAGCUAGAGAAAUGAAAUCCAUUACCAGGAUGAAAAGAAAAUUUUAUGAGAUUGGAAAGAAAGGAAUCUACAAAGCCGUCAGUGAACUGGCUAUUCUUUCCUGGAUUAAACAAUUUCUGGAAAGCAUUAAGUAAUGCAAGAAGCCAAGUGGAUUGAUUUGACUGUUAUUUUGAAAUAUAAUGAGAACAACCAGAAAUCAAUUUAAAGCAGUGUAUUUCCUUUUUAAAAUUUUGUACAUAGUACUAACAGCAAAUUAGAUGAUUCAGAAUAGAGGACUUUAAUGUAAUAAAAUUUUGGAGGUAAGUUGUCACUAAUAUGCACAUUUUCUGUAGUUUCAAAGAAUGUUUUCAGCCUGAACAUGUUUUGUCAUUCCCAAGUGCAUUGCAUGAGUUUAAUCUAAAGGCGUAUAACCAGAAUUAAAUCAUGUAAUAUUUGUG